AUGGUGACCGCGGGCCGGUCUUGGGUGUCCAUGAUAUACUGCGUCUCGCUUUUGCUUACGCUUUGCCAUGAUGUGCUUGGGAAUACCACUGUCCAGUCUUAUACGAACACCGCCACUGCCCCGAUACCGGUGACGACGUGUCCGGCGCAGAGUUCCUGGGAUAUGGAGGCGCAGUUGUUCCUCUUACCACCAUGUCUGGAGACACGCUGGGGACCAGGUCGGGAUUUGUUUGGUGAUGCCACGUCCCCCGAGCCCAGUGCUUUUGACUCGGAAUCUGCUGCCGCGUCGAGUGAGAUACCACAAGGGACUGGGACUGCUAGCACAAUGCCCGAUCGGAACUUGGAGCAGGAACAGGAACAUGAUACAGAUUCUUUAUUGGAUAGUGCCAGCUUCCUCUCAUUCGAAGAGUGGAAGAAGCAGAAUCUAGCGAAGGUCGGACAAUCAGCUGAGAACAUGGGCGGGAGUAGACGAGCUGUUGCUGCAGGGAAAGAGGAUCGACGCCAGCCUGGAAUUAAUAAUGCAUUGGAUUCCUUGGGUGACGACGCAGAGAUUGAACUGGACUUUGGUGGGUUUGGCGCUGAAACGCCCGAGGCUAGUCCUACUGCGUGGGGGACGCACAUCCCAGCGCGCGACGCGGGUCAUGCAGAUGGUGCAGAUGGCCAGGCUGGGGUCGAUGUCUAUGCGCAGGGUGCAUUGCAGAGAGGUGCGUCCCGCCGAAAGGAUGCAGGCACCACUUGCAAGGAGCGAUUUAAUUAUGCUUCUUUUGAUUGUGCGGCUACGGUGCUGAAGACGAAUUCUGAGAGCAAGGGUUCGUCGUCUGUUCUUAUUGAGAAUAAGGAUAGUUAUAUGUUGAAUGAGUGUCGUGCGCAGAAUAAGUUCCUUAUCUUGGAGCUGUGCGAUGAUAUUCUUGUUGACACUGUCGUCCUUGCGAAUUAUGAAUUCUUCAGCUCCAUUUUCCACACAUUCCGCGUCAGUGUCUCGGACCGGUAUCCUGCUAAACCAGACCAGUGGAAGGAAUUGGGUGUCUACGAAGCCCGCAAUACGCGUGAAGUGCAGGCAUUUGCUGUUGAGAAUUCACUUAUAUGGGCAAGGUAUCUCCGCAUCGAAUUCCUUACGCACUAUGGACAUGAGUUCUUUUGUCCGGUCAGCUUGAUUCGUGUUCAUGGUACUACCAUGAUGGAGGAGUAUAAGCAUGACGAGAGCUCAGACCGGGCGGAAGUCGAGGAGUUGGAAUCUACUCAGGUCAAUCGGCUUCCUGAAUCGGAGAAGAAGCCUGCUGAUAUCCCGGUACCGGUUGAAGAGCCUGUUGUUCCGGCCGUCACUCCUUCUCGGGUCCAGGAAGUUUGCCCCAAUACUCUCGCAGACCCAAGUGCACUUUUCGAAAGACUCCUCCAUGCGGAGACGUGUGGUGUCAACAAAGGGCCGCCUGUUACUGCCCCCUCAACGCCAGCCACGGCAGCCCAGACAAAGAUGCCACCGAAGCAGAAUUCUACUGUCAUUGCAGGGAUGAACACCUCUCUGACUAAUUCCGGACCAUCUGCUCCUCCCAAGGCUGCAGAACAUACUCGAAAGACGGGUGAGCCUGCGAAAGGCGUCGUGACGACCCCAGAAGCAUCGGUUGCUUCUUCAGAAACAACUCAGCAAAACACUACGUUCGAAACAGCUGGCAAGGCCACUACAAAUGCUAAAGAGGAAUCAAACAUUCCCCCUCCAGAAUCGACCAGACCCUCAAAUACCCAACCACCAUCUGCAAAUCCAACUACACAAGAAUCUUUUUUCAAGUCCGUCCACAAGCGGCUACAAAUGCUCGAGUCGAACUCCACCCUCUCCCUUCUAUACAUUGAAGAGCAGUCUCGCAUUUUGCGGGAUGCAUUUAACAAAGUCGAGAAACGUCAACUCGCAAAGACAUCUACCUUCCUCGAAAAUCUCAAUGUUACAGUUCUCAACGAACUGAAAGAGUUCCGUGAGCAGUAUGACCACGUCUGGAAAUCUGUCGCUCUCGAAUUCGAGCACCAGCGCAUGCAAUAUCAUGGAGAAGUCCACUCAAUAAGCGCCCAGCUAGGCGUUCUUGCCGAUGAACUGGUCUUCCAGAAACGAGUCACCGUCAUCCAGAGCAUCAUGGUUCUCUGCUGCUUCGCUCUCGUCCUGUUCUCCCGGGGCUCUGUCAGCAACUAUAUGGAAUUCCCGGGCGUGCAAAGAAUGGUCGCUCGGUCCUAUAGCCUGCGUUCCUCGUCUCCUAUUUUCGCCUCGGCCUCGCCCUCUGCAAGCCCUAGCUCUACGCGCCCGACAUCUUCUUACCGUGAGAACGGAGGCCACCGCAGGAAUCUCUCCGAUUCAUCUGAAGAGAGUGCGACCAGCCCCACGGUUGCUUAUGUCCCACCGACACCGACGUCUGAUUCUUCGCCGGAGCCUGAGGAAAACCACAAAUUGGACCAGCCUGCUUCCCCAGAGUCGAUGUCAGUGCCCACUCUUGGAAUACCACAUCUCCGUCCUCAUAGCACCCCACCUGUCCUUAAUGGACAGAUGGCGGACUUGGAUACCACCGACACUCAAAGUGACAAUCCACGGUCUGAUGAGCUGUGA